CUUUUCCUCCUCAUUCUCUUUCUGUGUUAUCUCAUUCUCUCCGCCCUUCCCCACUUUUCCUCUCCCUCUCCCCCUCUUCUGUCGUUCUGCCGCCUCUAUCCGCCGCUCCUUAAUCUCUCUUCUCUCCUCGGCGCGUCUGCCGUCGCCGAGCUCCUUCCCCCCACUCUCUCGUCUCUCUUUUUCCCUCCCCCUUCUCCCUCUCCUUCCGCCGCGUCUUUCUUCUCUGUUCCGCCGCCCCUGUCAGUUGUGAAUUCUAAUGGAAUCUCAGUUUUUACCUCAGUCUAUUUUAGUUGGAUCUUUUUUCUGAUGGAAUAAUCUCUACAUUGUUAAUUGAACUGGGAUUUUGAGAAAGUAGCAUCUGUCUGAUGUCGAAGCUCCCUCAUACAAAUGCAGCAAGAUUCAAUUGAUUUCUUUUAAGACCAGGGAAACAAUGUUAGAAAGAAAUCUCAGAGUCUUGUAGUUCUUGUAAACAACAAGGAAACAGUACAAGAAGUUUGCAAGAAGGCUGCUGCAAAUAGGGACAAAACAAAAGCCGCUGCCGUUCUGGCCACCAUUCUUCUUCAGGACGAUUAGAGUUUUUCCUUUCAAAGAAGAUUGAUGAAAAGAACAACUCAGAUAGGUCGAGCGACGGGAUUCAAGUUAUAUUGCCUGUUCGUGACCCAUAGCAAUGCAAAAUCCACCACCUCCCACGUCGCAGGUGGAUUUGUAUGCAUCCAUUCUGCAAACAAGUCUCAAAACCAAAAGCCUUUCUGCCAUCAAACCAAUCCACGCCCGUAUAGUCAAAUCUGGGCUUCACCUGGGGGUUUUCUUGAUGAAUAAUCUUAUGAAUGCGUAUGCUAAGACAGGGUUUGUUUCUGAUGCUCGCCGCGUGUUCGAUGGGAUGUCUGUUAAGAAUGUAUCUUCAUAUAACACUCUCUUGUCUGCCUGUGCAAAGCAGGGUAUGAUACGAGAAGCGCUUUGUAUCUUCAAUGAAGUGCCUGAACCCGACUCUGUUUCUUGGACGGCGAUGAUUGUGGGGUAUAAUCAAAUGGGCCGUUUUGGGGUAGCUUUUCGGAUGUUCCUGGAGAUGAUGAAGUGUAAAGUUGUGCCUACUGAAUACACACUUACUAACGUUCUUGCCUCUUGUGCAGCAAUUGAGGCGUUGGAUGUAGGUAGGAAGGUUCACUCAUUUGUUGUUAAACUUGGCCUCUCUGGCUACGUGUCUGUAGCGAAUUCUUUAGUGAAUAUGUACGCAAAGGUGGGUGAUGUUGGGACAGCAGUGGCUGUGCUUAAUAGGAUGAAGUUGAAGAAUGUUUCAACUUGGAAUGCAGUUAUCUCACUGCAUAUGCUGACUGGUCAGGUAGAGCGUGCAUUGGCUCAAUUUGAGGAAAUGAAAGAACGUGAUGUUAUUUCUUGGAAUUCAAUGAUUGCAGGUUAUAAUCAGUGUGGUUUUGAUGCCAAAGCACUGAACUUGUUUUCAGAAAUGCUCAAGGAGUCUAAACUAAGACCUGAUAGAUACACUCUGGCCAGUGUAUUGUCUUCUUGUGCAAAUCUUGAGGACAUAGAAAUUGGGAAACAAAUUCAUGCUUAUAUCAUUAGAACUGAAUUUGAUACUUCAGGAGCAGUUGGGAACGCGUUGAUCUCUAUGUACUCAAAGUGUGGUGGUCUUGAAAUAGCUCAAAGAUUGUUGCAGAAAUGUGGAACAUCUACACUUAAUAUUAUAGCGUUUACAGCUUUAUUAGAUGGAUUCAUCAAGCUUGGAGAUAUAAAUCCAGCCAGGCAGAUUUUUGACUCAUUGCAGGAGCGUGAUGUGGUUGCAUGGACAGCUAUGGUUGUUGGAUAUGCACAGAAUGGCCUCAAUAAUGAUGCAAUGGAGCUCUUCAGAUCCAUGAUCAAAGAUGGCCCGGUGCCUAACAGUUAUACCCUUGCAGCUAUGCUAAGUGUCAGUUCGAGUUUGGCUUCAAUAAAUCAUGGUCAACAAAUCCACGCAAUUGCCAUAAAGUUGGGGGAAGCAUCAUCUGUUUCUGUGAGCAAUGCAUUAAUUAACAUGUAUGCGAAGGCUGGUAGUAUCAACUUUGCCAGAAAAGUAUUCAUUCUAAUUCAACAGAGAAGAGAUUCAGUCUCCUGGACUUCCAUGAUCAUGGCUUUAGCACAGCAUGGAUUUGGAGAGGAGGCAUUACAAUUGUUUGAAAACAUGUUGACAUUAGGGAUUACGCCAGACCAUAUAACUUAUGUGGGUGUUCUCUCAGCCUGUACCCACGUGGGACUAGUGGAAAAAGGUCGCAGAUACUUUAAAAUGAUGAAAGAUGUGCACGGAAUUGAACCCACAUCAAGCCAUUGUGCUUGCAUGAUUGACCUGUUUGGUCGUGCAGGGUUGUUAGGGGAAGCACAAGAUUUUAUAAAGACCAUGUCAGUUGAACCAGAUGUUAUUGCUUGGGGGUCGCUUUUAGCUUCUUGUAAAGCCCACAAAAAUGUGGAACUCGCAGCAAUUGCAGCAGAAAGAAUGCUUUCAAUUGAACCUGACAAUAGUGGGGCCUAUUCGGCUCUUGCAAAUGUCUAUUCAGCUUGUGGGAAAUGGGAGGAGGCUGCCAAAAUUAGAAAGUGGAUGAAAGAUAGACAGGUGAAGAAAGAGCAAGGAAUCAGUUGGUUGCAAAUAAAGAGUGAAGUCCAUGUCUUUGGUGCAGAUGAUGCACUUCAUCCACACAGAGAUGCAAUCUAUCAGAUGAUCGCCAAAAUCUGGGAGGAGAUUAAAAAGAUGGGUUUUGUUCCAGACACUGCUUCAGUAUUACAUGAUCUUGAUCUAGAAUUGAAAGAGCAAAUUCUCAAGCAUCACAGUGAGAAACUCGCCAUUGCGUUUGCAUUAAUGAAUACUCCAGACAACAGUACUCUAAGGAUCAUGAAGAACCUUAGAGUUUGUAAUGAUUGUCAUUCUGCCAUCAAAUUUAUCUCUAAAUUGGUUAAUAGGGAAAUCAUUGUUAGAGAUGCUACACGUUUCCACCAUUUCAAGGAUGGCUUGUGUUCUUGCCGGGAUUAUUGGUAAGCAUUGGUGAAAAGUACUCCUAGACAAAUUUGGGUUGGAAAAAGAUCUGAUUGUGGCUGGACAAGGUUGCCUACAUGGGGAGCAUAUUUAUGCAACAUUUAUCACGAUAGCCAACAGUUUCUCCUGAUGCCCAACUUGCCAAGAAUUGGAAGGCCUGUAGGAAUGCCUGCCUACAGGGUCGAUUGGAAGUCAUCUCAAGGGAAAGCGCUAUUCACACACUACGGGGAUCAUAAUGCUUAACAUUGGCUGUUUAUCUGGAUGCAACACAUGCAAAUAGACUUUUCUGAUGUCCCAAAUCCUCGGUAUGGUUCUCUGUUCUCAUUAGUGCUCAGCUGUCCAAGCUGACCAUUUUUGAGACACAAAAUGAAAUGCUAAGGGUGUGCUUGCUUGUGGGAAAACGCUACUCAAUUGGCACUGUUCACCGAGGAGAAAAAAAUGGCUGUUGCAGACGAUUACUUGUUUUCUUCUCUAUCCAUCUUCCCCACUCCCAAAUGACACAAGGUUCUACUUUCGUUUUUGUUCAGUUAUGGCUAUGAAUCUCUGUUGCAUGGGGAGGAUCUGUUGUGGUCUGUUCUCUAUUGGAAGAUAUGCACGAGGACAAAUCUCACAUUCCUGAUGUGGUGUGGACGAUAUAGAAGGCUCCUUUAUUGGAGUCUUUCGUGGACAAACACCAGUGGAGGAGAGCAACACGUGUAGCCGAUCCAAGGUGAAAACCAGAAAAGGAAUUUCUAUUUAUUUUAUGCUGCAGUUUUCCCUUCUCCAUAGCCUAGAUUGUAUGAUCCUUGCAUUUUAAUACACUGAUAGCCAGAGAACAUUCUAGGGUACAUCCCUUAGACAUCGAUUAAUUUCUUUUAUUUUUCGCCUUACUGCACUUCCGCCGCUUUUUUGGGUCGAUCCGCUCCCUUUCAACAAAAAGAAAUGUGAGCUGUUGUCUGCCCAGGAUUAGAGUUACUGAGAGUCCGUGGCCAGAGACAAGGAGUGGAAGGAUGAAUUGGAGUUUUUUAUUGAUGUUUGAUUGGUCUUGAUCAUGCUCUUGAUCAUGGUAAGGAGUUGUUUUAUUUGACUAAUGAAUAUAAGAGGUUGUGGAGAAUAGCAUGUUGCCAGGGGACAAAGCUUUUAUGCAGUCCCCUAUUUUUGAGUCCAUUAUUGAUGGUAAUGUAUGCGAGGAGUUGAUGAGUACCUAGAACAAGUGUAUUUCCCAAACUCGAAUCUUGAAUCGUUAUAGAGAGGACUUUGAUGUGGGCCUCCUGGACCCGACCAAAGAUGAAUACUGCAAUUUCUUUCUGCAGCGGCUGAAAUCCCUAUAAAUGAUGAGUUUUAUGCCCUGCUUCCUCCUCCUUCUAUUGAUCCCAUCGAUGAGGAUGUCAAAGUAGCUGUUGAAACCUUAAUGGAAGCCACAUGUGGGGUCAUCUUUAGAGGUUCCAACUGCUCCUACUAUUCCUACUGAAGUCAACAUCAUUCCUGAUCCGUUUGCUCUCCAAGAGGACUGAAGUAAAGAGAUAGUAUUUGAGGAUACAACAGAGCUUAAUAUGCCACAGGGCUAGGAGGUUGCUCAUGCUGAUGAUCUUUCCAUACCUUCAUUUGUUCCCUAUGAAGAAUCUUUUAAGGAGAAUAUCUAUGAUCUGGGGAAGUUGCCAGGUAUUAAGGGUGUUGGGGAGGAUGUUCCCCCUUCCGUGGAUUAAAUUCUGAUGAAUAUAUUUGAAGGCACCCGUGCACCAUAAACAUUUUCAAAA